UUGACAGGCGGGGAUGGGGGCUGCUGCUAACUCCGCCGUGUGAGGAGUGACUCGAGAAGUCUCUCCGGCACGAGUCUCACCAUGACACCCACAGUGCAUCUGUUGCUGGUCCCGCUCCUGUUCAGCUCUGCUGUUGGGCGGGGUAUGGAGGACAAGAAGGGCCCGCUGGAAGACAAGACUUUGGAUGUACCGGAGGGAACACUAUCGACGUAUCCUAUCUAUCAGUUUCAGUCCUCCCAUCCAGGUGUGAAUGGAUUCAGGCUGAGGGGAGAAGGGAGUGAAGUCAUCAGAAUCUCAGAUGAGGGUUGGAUGUUUGUGGAACGCCCGCUGGACUGGGCCACAAACAACCAUUACGUUGUUUUGGUGGAGGCGUUGUUAGAUGGUGAGGUAGUGGAGGGCCCGGUGGCUGUGACCAUAAAUGUGUUGGAUGUCAACAACCACUCCCCGACCUUUAACCAGACCGAGUACUCUGCUGUGGUUAGGGAGCGCAGUCCUGCAGGUGUUCCCUUUGUGCGUGUGUUUGCGUCGGAUCAGGACGACCCAUUGACCCCCAAUGCUCGUCUUAGAUACAGCCUGGUCAACCAGUUCCCAAUGAGGCAGAACACAAUUUACUUCCAGGUCAACCCUGACUCCGGAGAAAUCUCCACCACAGAAGCAGGAGAACAAAUGCUAAAGGCUAGAGAAGGAAUCGAGCACGGCAGGGGAGAAGGCCCGAGCAGUGAUUUUCUGAAGAGGAAGUUUGACGAGUAUUGCACCCCGAAGCAGGACAUGCCGUACGAACACAACCCCUUCUUCCAGUGUGUGGAGAAAGCAGAAAUGAGGAGGCGGAACCUAAAUCCCCAGGAGGACCCCGACUUCACCCUUAUCGUGCGUGUGGAAGACAUGGCCGGCGUGUCAGAGAAUGGGCUAAGUGGGAACGCCAGGGUGAAUAUCGCCGUGCAGCCGAACCUGUGGGUCAACCCUGGACCCAUCACCAUCAAGGAAAAUUUGGAUGUGGCCUACCCUAUGGUUAUCGCCAAGGUCCAGUCUAAUGAGCCCAGCGCCCUCUACAGGUUGGUGCAAAAGGAGCGGGUGUUGACGUUCCCCUUCAGCAUCGGGACGGACGGGGUGAUAGAACUGACAGAGACGCUAGACAGAGAAAAGAAGGACAUGUACAUCGUGGUGGCGCUCGCCGAAGAUGAGCACGGCGAGGAGCUGGAGGCCCCGAUGGAGAUCCACGUCACGGUGGAGGACGAGAACGACAACGCGCCGCUGUGCGAGAGCGAUCUGAGCGUAUUUGAAGUGCAGGAGAACGAGGCCAUCGGCAGCUUCGUCGGACAGCUGGUUGCCCGCGAUGCCGAUGACGUGGAGACCAUCAACGCCCUGCUCAGCUACACCAUCGCGUCGCAGCUUCCGUACGCCAACGCCUUCUCCAUCGACGACGUGACCGGACGCAUCCACACAAUGAAGCAGCUUCGGAGGAAAGCCACCCCCGAGUACAACCUCGUGGUCCGAGUCAGCGACCCAGGCUUCCAGACGGAGUGCAAGGUCCUCAUCAAGGUCAUCGACGUCAACAACGAGCUGCCCGUAUUCGAGAGGAAAGACUACGGAAGUCACACCCUUGCAGAGGACACUCCGGUGGGACACACCGUCCUGACGGUGAAAGCCACGGACGCCGACGACCCCGGCAGCGGUAGCUCCCUCAUUGAGUUCCAUAUCUCCGCCGGCAACGACGACGAGGUCUUUGCCAUCGAGACGGACGGCAGUGGUGAGGGAAGGCUGGUCGUGGCUAAGCCUCUGGACUUUGAGUCGUCUUCCUCCCGCAAGCUCCAGAUCGACGCCCGCAACCCGGAGCCCCUGAUUAAAGGCCUCAGUUACGGCAGCGAGUCCUCAGCCUUUGUGUCCGUAUCCGUCACCGACGUGGACGAGGCCCCGGAGUUCAGCUUGAGCAUCCUGGAUGUGGUGGUAGCUGAGAACACCACCAAGGGCACGGUCCUGCUCACGGUGGAGGCCCGGGACCCGGAGGGCAAAGAGAUCGGGUUCAAGUUGGAUGGCGAUGCUAACAGCUGGCUUGAGAUUGACGGCAACACGGGCGAGAUCAAGACCAAAUCUAAGCUAGACAGAGAGACCCUCGAGACCUUUAAAGUCACUGUUACUGCCUUCGAGAAGGCCAACCCAGAGAAGUCGGCGGAGCGGGACAUCUUGGUGAGGCUGCUGGAUGUGAACGACAACGUCCCCAAGCUAACGGAGACCCAGGCCUUCAUCUGUGUGAAGACCCCCGUGCCCGUGAUCAUUCGGGCCCACGACCCAGACAGCUCCCCCUACUCCGAGCCCUUCACCUUCACCCUGGGCCACGGCAAGAAGUCCCCCAACUGGGACCUGCGGCCCGUUGAUGGAACGUCGGCUAAGCUGAUCCUGAAGAAAUCCCCCUCCGAAGACAAGACCUUCCAGCUCCCCAUUAACAUCAAAGAUAACGCGGGCAUGGGCGUCACACACAGUCUGCAAGUGCGUGUCUGUAACUGCACGGAGCUGGGAUACUGCUACAUCGCACCAGAGGAGUUUGGCCACAAGUGGGGAAUGGAGGCCACCGUCGGCCUCCUCGCCGGAAUUAUUGGCUUUUCUCUUCUUGUCUUCGCCAUCGUGGUGGUGCAUCGCAUAAAGAAGUCGAACGAGAAGAAGGCCUUGGAGGGGGAUACAGAUACAAAUGCCGUACUGUAGAAAAGACACACAUACACACACACACACACACACACACACACACACACACAUGGACACAUAAACAACAUAUUUUAGAUAACAUAUUUUAUAUUGUUUGUAAGGGAUAUGUGGAUAGAUCUGCUGCGUAGCUGUGGGCGGGCCUAGGUGGGCCUGGGCCCGCCCCACUUGGCUCUGAGGCCCACCCAAUCAGAAGGCUUCCUUUUUCGCUGGCUCAUCCAGUGAGGAGCAGACAAUGAAUACUGUUUCAGUUAUCUGACUGUGCGACCAAUAAAAAUAAAACCAGUCUUG